AUGUUGACGGGAUGGAGGCUCGUGGUGUCAAAACUAUUCAUAAUACCUCAGCGAUAUGUGUUAGCAAUAAUGGGAUUGCUAACCAUGGCAAAUGCCUUCACAUUACGUCAAUGUUUGAAUCUGGCGAUCACACAAAUGGUGAAGAAGAAAGCCGUACCGGAAGUAGGAAGUGUGAACUAUGAUCCGGAUGCGUGUCCGGAUUAUAACGUCGUAAACUCUACCAAUGAGAUAGGAGAUUAUUUAAUAGAUGACGGUUCAGUGAAAUUCGAAUGGAGUGAAGCUACCCAAGGACUUAUACUUGGUGCAUUCUACAUUGGUUACAUAGCUACCCACAUACCAGGUGGAAUGCUGGCAGAGAAGUUUGGUGGGAAAUGGGUAGUUGCUCUCGGUCUUCUCUCAACUGCUAUAUGUACAUUUAUAACCCCGUAUGCAGUGAAAACUGGAGGUGCAGUUGCUCUUAUCAUUUUGAGGGUACUCGAAGGUAUUGGUGAAGGACCCACAAUGCCUGGUUUGAUGUUAAUGAUAUCCAAAUGGGCACCAAAGACAGAGAGAUCUGUAAUAGGAGCUAUUGUGUUUGGAGGAUCACAAAUCGGGAACGUUGCUGGAUCUUAUUUCUCCGGUCUUAUUAUGCACCAGAGUAGCUGGGAGAACGUCUUCUACCUUUUCGGAGGUGUCGGCUUAGCCUGGUUUGCUGCUUGGAUUAUACUCUGCUAUAGUUCUCCGAAUACACAUCCCUACAUAUCUGAUUGUGAAAAGAAGUACUUGAACGAAAAUGUUGAAUCUCUUUCAAAUAAUGAAAUCAGAUUAAAUCCAGUUCCAUGGAGAGCGCUGGUCAGAUCGGUCCCUCUUUGGGCCCUGAUUGUAGCUGGUAUUGGUCAUGAUUGGGGUUACUACACAAUGGUCACCGACCUACCUAAAUACAUGACAGAUGUAUUAAAAUUCGAUAUAAAAUCAACUGGAAUACUUUCCUCAAUGCCAUAUAUCGCGAUGUGGUUUACAUCAGUAUUCUUCGGAUUCCUCAGUGAUUUUGGUAUAAAUAGAGGCAUCUACAGUUUACAGAAUGCAAGAAAAAUAUUUACUACGAUUGCUGCCAUCGGACCUGGUAUAUGUAUAAUUUUAGCUUCAUAUUCUGGCUGUAACACCACCCUGGCUGUGGUUUGGUUCGUAGCUGCUAUGGCCUUUAUGAGUGCAUAUUACAGUGGAAUGAAAAUUAACGUUCUAGACAUCACACCCAACUAUGCGGGUACUACGACAGCCAUUGUCAAUGGAAUAUCCUCUAUAUCUGGUAUUGUUUCGCCAUAUCUGAUUGGACUUCUAACACCAAAUUCUACCCUCAAACAAUGGCGAGUGGCAUUUUGGGUGUGCUUUGUGGUGCUAUUCGUAACGAAUUUCGUUUUCGUUAUCUAUGGUAAGGGACAACAAGAAUGGUGGGACGACGUCAAGUUAAAUGGAUAUCCGGCGGGGUGGAAGCACGGGCCUUUGCCAACGAGAGAAAAUGAUUCAGAAACACCAGCGAAAAAAAUAAAAGAAAAACUAGAACUGUGA